CUUUCGCUAUGUUUUAAGUAUAAUUGAUCACCACAGUCGCUUCUUACAGUUGAUUCCCCUCAGGAAUAAGACUUCAGCCACUGUAACAACUGCCUUUUUAGACCACUGGGUCACUCUCUUUGGCCCACCUCGAUAUCUACUCACAGAUAAUGGUCCAGAGUUCACUGCUGGACUGUUCAGAGAGGUUUGCCAUAAUUUGCAGGUCGACCAUCACUUAACCAUAGCUUAUCAUCCGCAGAGCAAUGGUAUGAUAGAGCGAACCAAUCGCGUGGUGAAGGAUGCUUUGGCUAUGCUUGCUGAGAAAGAACCCCGCCGUUGGCCCAAAUAUCUCUUCACUGUGCGUCUGGGCCUCAACUCUUCCAUCCAUCGGUCUACGAAUGAACAGCCUCUUUUCUUAUUAUUAGGCCGACACAUGCACUUUCCAUUAACAAACACUAACCUAAUAGAGUUUGACCAUGUUGAAGCCUCUGAAUUUCAGGAGAGUAUGAGAAAGGCAAGAGAUUUGGUAACAGAAACAGCUAAGCGUGCACAGGAAACAUGGGCCAGGCAGUAUAACAAGGGGUCUAGAGUCACUUUCUCUCCAACUAUAGGAUCCCUAGUAAUGAGACGAAUUCCUCCAUCUGUCAGGGAUGGGCCUCUUGGUUCCCGCUGGGUUGGGCCUUGCCGCAUUGUUAGAAAACUAGGGCCAGUAGCUUUCCUGCUAGAGGAUAUGAUGCCGCCUAACACGCAACGCCGUGCUCACGCAAAUGAUUUGAAACCAUAUGUCCCUCCUUUAGAGCUUGACUUCGGACCUGACGAUCCCGAGCCCGAAGACGAGCCUGUUGCCACAACAUCCAUAUCUAUGGGGAAGACUACUCCCUGAGAAGAAUCGCUACUCGGUUCUGUUAGGGUCCAUCAGACUGGGCGCCCGAGGUCGAAACUGACCACCCAGCUUGGUGACGAUGCUGUUAGAUUCUCAGUCGUAGAUGAUAUCUAGGAUUGUUCUUUUAUAUUUGUUUUUCUUUCAUUUUUAGUUCGUUAGACUUUUAGUUUAUUCGUUUUCUUACUUAUUCUUAUUUUAAUACUUGUAUUUUCCACUUAGUUCAUUCCAUUUUACCUAGUUCCAUUGUUUUGCUAUGCAAAACUUUUACCUUGAUCCAUUUACCCUUGUCUGUUUUAUUAUAUUUAAUUUCGUGGUUUAAUUUCCUGGUUUUACGUUUUACAUUUUAUGGUUCAUGGUAUUAAAUUUCCUUGUAAGUGAUAAUAUUGCUUUUAAAUCAGUUUACUUGCAUUUGUAGUUGUGUAUAUUUUACCUAUAUUUUACUUCGGUUUUAAUGUUACUUUUUCCUCUAUUUGCUUAUCUUAGUUUAUUUAUUGAUCUUGUUGUCAAUUUCCCUUUCUUUUUUUUCUCUUGUUUAAAGCUCUUUUAGUAUCUAUUUACCAACUGUAUUUUUUUUCCUGUUUAUUUUACGGUUUUACGAUAUAUCAUGUUUUUCAUUUGAAAUCAAAGAUUUCUAAUAAUUCAAGAACUUCAUACAGCUUUCACAUACAUUUAGUUUCACCACUGUUAGAGCAGCCAACUAAUUGGGUCAAACUUUUCAGGAGGGCUCCCCAUGAUGCUUUGCCCGGGCGUCAUGGUCGUGCUCACCGGCCGGGAGAGGAGCAGCUUCCCCCUGACGACACGAUCCCAAGGUCUACCCGGAUGGAUGAUGCCAGACUUGAUCGUGUCUAGGGACGAUACCAUCCUCGAAGGAUUUGUCCCCUCUCCACGGCCGCCUUCGCACUUCUGGCCGGGGGAGGACUGUAAGCUGAGGAACCCGUCUCCAUGCAAGAUUGCCGCAUUUAAGCACAAAGCGAUAUACAUACUCAAUUAGUUUGCUUUCUUAACGAGCUUACCUGCCUGCUUGCCUGGUCUGGACUGUUUCUUCCCAUGUAUAAAUACCUAUAUCCAUGCCUUUUUUUUCAUCUGUUUUAUUCUUAUAAUUUCUACAAUACCUUUUAAGUCUUUUACUGUUUUUUUUUAAUAUCGGAGCCAGUUAUGUUAAUUGUACGCAAAAUGAGACCAGUGGAAUACCUGAAUGCCUACACGGAACAAGUGGCCGCACUGAUUUGCGCUUUGCGAAACAAUCGCGACAGUAUUUUCUCGCACAUAUUGUGUGUACACAGGAAAGAAAAAUAAACGAGUCUGCUCCGAGA